CAAGCUUCAAGACUAUAAAGAAGGAAGUCAAAACUCAAAAGUCAAAAUUUAUAAACCAGCUAGUUCGGUAAAGAAGAAGGGUUUAGAGAGAGAUAGGUUUUGUUGGGUUGGCGAUGGUGUUUAACAGCUCGGCGAUGGUGACGGUGGCGAGCGUUUCCACGGACAAGUUGCAGCGGAUGAGGGGUGUUCCGUCGUCGGAGUUGAUGAAUACCCAACAGCUUAUGGAGGUUGCUUGUUGCCUCCCUCUUUGUCAUUUUGUUAUCUUCCUAUGGGAGUUUUUUUGUUUCCCCAUAUACGAUUCUGAUGAUGAUUAUAAUGAUUAUGGUUAUGGUGAUCAUGAUGAUGAUGAUGAUAUUGUUGAUGAUUACGAUGUGCUUGCUUUUGAUCAUAAUAAUAACGGUGAUUAUGAUCAUCAUGGGUCUUCUUCGGAUUUUGAUGAUAGUUACCAUUACUCGGACUCGAGUUAAUCAUAAUUAGACUAGAUGACUUCUGCUUUUUUUUUUAUUAUUAGUUUCUGAUUUUUUCGGUAUUGUACUUGUCUUAGCUAACUAGGUGUAUAAUCCUAAUUGUUCCAUAAUUUGGUAUUCUUUGGAUGCUGUAAAUUUAUUCUUGGAUAUUCAAUAACAAAAUCAGAUUAUAUGUUUAGAUUUU